AAUGACCACAUCUGAAAAUCGCAUCUGCAAGUUUAAUGAGCAGACUGGAGAAGUGCUGACAUGAAGCACCCGUACCCAGGGGGACGGCAGGAGAGAAUUUGCAGCCUUCUUGCCUGUGCCGCGCGAGGGCAGUUGGAGAGAACCAUAAUCAAGAGCAUUCAUGAAGGUCAAGAUUUGGACACAAGAGGGAAAAGAAAAGCAGGCAUGAAUACUACUCAAACGAACGGCUGUCAUGUCUCCAAUUUUCGAGGACGAGAGAAAACCAGUUCUUCAGAUGAGACAUUUUUGGAGUCGGAGGUGUUACAGAAAGUAGACGGGGAAGCGAGAGCGCUCCAGGGAGGGAGGAACACCGCAGCCGGAGGCAGGAGACAGGGAGAGCUCACAGCACGCCGCACGUCUUCAGGGCUCUGAGCUUGGGCGCCGCAUCUCGCCUGACAUAUCGAGACACACAAAAAGAGGCACCCCCUGGCCAGCGCAGGGACCUGCCGGCACCAUGACCGAGACCACCAAGACCCACGUUAUCUUGCUCGCCUGCGGCAGCUUCAAUCCCAUCACCAAAGGGCACAUUCAGAUGUUCGAAAGAGCCAGGGAUUAUCUACACAAAACCGGAAGGUUUAUCGUGAUUGGCGGCAUCGUCUCCCCUGUCCACGACUCCUAUGGAAAACAGGGCCUCGUGUCAAGCCGGCACCGUCUCAUCAUGUGUCAGCUGGCCGUCCAGAACUCCGACUGGAUCAGGGUGGACCCAUGGGAGUGCUACCAGGACACCUGGCAGACGACCUGCAGUGUGCUGGAACACCACCGCGACCUCAUGAAGAGGGUGACUGGCUGCAUCCUCUCCAAUGUCAACACCCCCUCCGUGACGCCUGUGAUCGGACAGCCCCAGCAUGAGACGCCCCAGCCCAUUUACCAGAACAACAACGUGCCCACCAAGCCCACUGCAGCCAAGAUCUUGGGGAAGGUGGGAGAAAGCCUCAGCAGGAUCUGCUGCGUCCGCCCUCCUGUGGAGCGCUUCACCUUCGUGGAUGAGAACGCCAACCUGGGCACGGUGAUGCGGUACGAGGAGAUCGAACUGCGGAUCUUGCUGCUGUGCGGUAGUGACCUGCUGGAGUCCUUCUGCAUCCCAGGGCUCUGGAACGAGGCAGAUAUGGAGGUGAUUGUCGGGGACUUUGGGAUUGUGGUGGUGCCUCGGGAUGCAGCUGACACAGACCGAAUCAUGAAUCACUCCUCAAUCCUCCGCAAAUACAAAAACAACAUCAUGGUGGUGAAGGAUGACAUCAACCAUCCCAUGUCUGUUGUCAGUUCAACCAAGAGCAGGCUGGCCUUGCAGCACGGGGACGGCCAUGUUGUGGAUUACCUGUCCCAGCCAGUCAUUGACUACAUCCUCAAGAGCCAGCUGUACAUCAACGCCUCUGGCUAGCGGCCGCACAGCCCUCUGCUCCAACCUCCCCUCGUCCUCCGCCGACACACUCCAGUCCCUGUCAGUCCCCCUGUGUCUUCAUCUCUUCAUCUUGACUGUUCUCCCCACUCGCUGACUUAACCCCCCACAGUGUGGGGGACCUGCAGAGAACCAUGGCAUUCCCCAUUCUGCAGUCAUCUUUGGACAAACUUUCCUCUAGGCUCCGGGUUGGGGGUGGGAAAGGGAAUAGGGGUGGGAGUUGGGGGAAGUGUAGUCCUUGGAGAUGUACUCGUGUCCGUCUCCCAGCAUGCUCUGGGGAGGCGGCUCUGGUGCCCAUCCUCCCAGCAUGCUCUGGGGAGACGGUUCUAGUGACCAUCCUUCCAGCAUGCUCUGGGAGAUGGCUCUGGUGACCAUCCUCCUAGCAUGCUCUGGGGAGGCGCUCUGGUGCCCGUCCUCCCAGCAUGCUCUGUGGAGGCGGGUCUGGCUCUCGCCUUCUCAGCAUGCCCUUUACUACAAAGGGCUAUUUUCUUUACUUUAUUUUUUUGAUUGAGUUUUGUUCACUCCUCAUACAACUUGGAUGAAAUCAGUGUCUAUGGUUCCUUAUGUCUGUAGUCUCAAGGCACCCCUGUGGCAUUACUUCCCUUUUGAUAGGACACCGUAGCCAGCCUCAGCUCUCAGCAAGUGCACGAGGGCCACACACAGUAGAGAAGGCCGAGCCACCUCCACUCCCCACAUCCCCCCACCCCACACACCCACACCCACACACGCACACGUACAAACACACAUGCAGCAGCAGCAGUCUUUGGUCAGCACUGAGACUUCCAGGUUCUAAAACCUGGGAGACAAGUCUGGGAAUGUUAGUGUUUCUCAGGAGAACUUGAGUCCUCCUUAGUUCCAGGAGACAAUUUUCCUGAUGCUCUGGGCCUGUGGUCAUGCAGAGACAGGCCAUCCUUGUUUCCUGGUGGCAUCUGGACAUUUGCUUCUGCAGCUGUGGCUGAUGGCACAGUGUGAGUUCCCUGCCAGCCCUGGCAUUUCCAAGGAGCCUUCAGAUACCUGAGGCCUUGGAGGCCAUGCUUAGCACAUUUCUGCCUCUGAGAAGAAUCACACAGACAAGGCCAAAUCCUGAUCACACAGUCAUUUCUUUUUUUGGGGGGGGGAGAAGAAUGACAGGAAUUUACUCAACCCUAGAGAGUUUUGCUAAUUGGAAUCAUUCACCACCAUCUGGCUGUGAAAUGUCUGUGUCAUGAUGUAAGUCCAGAUGAGCAAGGAGAAAGCGCUUGGUUACCCUGAUGGCUCUCGCCCACUCCAGCCAAGGUAGCACAGACAGUCCCUAAGGUCAACUUCUUUUCCUUGAAAAGAAGUGUGUUGGCCUUGUUUCUGGGGUUGGUCACAUUUUCUGCAGAACUCAGUAGCCACAGAACCAUCUGAGGAAAUCUACCCUGCAGGCGAGUGGGCUGACAGAGGAGAGAUCCUGGAGGGGCAAGGAGUCACUGAGCUGUUUCACCCCUUUUCUCCCUAAUUUCUUCCCUUCCUCUCUACCCCUGGGGACAGCUUUGACAGAUUCUACUCUGAUUGUUAAGGCUUCGCUCACCCAGUUUGGAAAGCCGAAAGGAAAUUACUCUUGGGUAAUUUGGGCUCUUGGGUUCUUGGUUGCCUUUGAAGAGUGGUCCCUAGAUAUUAAGAUGCUUUUUAUCAAAACUUAGUACCAGCUCUGGCCAAGUAGGCCCUAGAACCAGGAACAACACUUCUUACUGCACUUUUCACAUGGGCGACAUUUCUUCAGUUGUCUCUAGGAAAAGGAAAUGGAUUCCACACACAGAAGAGUAUGGCUGAGUAGUGUCCAGAGGGGUAUUAUUCCUCUUGAAUAAUGGAAAUCAUCUUCAGAGGAGGGAAAAAAUAGUUCCUAUUCUUGGGUCUCGGUGUUUGUUUAAGGGUCAUGGAAUAAAAAAACUGAAAAAAAAUUUUGGAGCUCAGUUGGCCCCACACUCUCCUUUGAAAAGGUAAGGGAGCAGAGAUCCAUGGGGUUAAAUUCCUGGCCCACGGUCACACAGCAAGUAUAGAGCCUGACAAGAAGAUCCUGUUCAACUUACCACAAGGCCAUCACUCCACAUGGUAUCUGCCCUUCCAAUUCCCCAUCAUGGAGGUCAGGUACUCUCCCUAGGCCUUUACCUGGCAUCUUUCUCUUCAAUUAUGUCUGUCCCAGGUGUUCCCAUACAUGGCCUAGUAAUACCAGUCAAGCAGGAGAAUGCGAUGGUGUGGAAUGCCUUGCAAGGUCUCCUUAGAAACCAAGUGAUCUCAUCAGUUUGGAGGAAAUCUCAGAAAGUGGCCCUGUGAAUCCAAGAAAGGAUUCCUUUGCAGAGACCUGGAAAGUGUUCAGGACAGUAUUGUUGGAGAGAGAGAGAUGGAAGAACUUUUGCCAUAAGCCGGGAAAUUAAAUAAAGGAGAGCAGGGGGCUGAAUUUCCUGGGGCACAUGGCAUUUUCAAGGAUCUGGAGUUUGUGAGGGUCUCACAUGAGUGGCCUGAGAAAGAGUAGAUGUCUUUUGCUUCUUUGGCCCCCUCCGUUAUGCUGCCACACUCUGGUCAAACCCCAUUUAGUCCACAGUCCAUGGAAAGAAUGAGCUGGCUCUGCACACUUGGGUUGGGAAGGGAGCGUGAGCUAGCCAAGGAAAAGAGCAGGCAUAAAAGAACAGAUUUCUAGGACUGAAAUGGAACAGAUCUUAGUGGAUCACAGGAUUGUGUUAAAAAUAGUUUUUUGAGGCCAGCAGGUGGCAUGGUGGUUAAGGUGCUGGACCCCACAAGAGCAGUUUG